AUGGGAGGACAACGAGGCCCCAGCAGCGGCAGCAGCAGUAGCCUAUCAGAGCUGCGGAACGUCGCCUUCUCGAGCCGCUCGCUCUCGGCCCUGCCCCCGUCCACCGCCGUCAUCGCCCCGGGCCUGAAGAGGUACCCCCAGGAGGGGGCGCUCUCCUCGUCCCUGCCGGCCUCCUCCGGCUCAGCUGAGGCUCUGCUGUCCAGCCUGUCGGCAUCGGGCCUGAGCGCGGAGGCCCUGCUCUCCCCCGCCUUCCGCCAGCGGCUGCUCAGAGAGACGCGCCCCUCCCCGGCCCCGCCGCCCGGCGGGCGCGCGACAAACGCCGCCGCGACCGCCUCCUCGCCCACCUCCACCAGCCCCUCCUCCUCCUCUUCGCCGUCCUCGCCCACGCAGCUGACCCCGCUAACCCUGUCCUCGCUGGGCCUCAAGCCCUCCGGCCGCGGCCUCCAAUACUGCAGCCUCAACAGCUUCAAGGAGCACGGCGGCAAGAGCUGCCCAAACCCGGCUCCCAGUGAGCAGAGAGGAUCAUGGGACAUCAAAACUUCAGAAUGAAGCCCAAAAAAUAUACAUGAAAAAACACAGGACAUGUGACAGCCCUGCCCAGUCCAACACAGAAGGGACCAUCGGCAAAGCAUUGGACGAUCCCUCCAGAUCUUUUCCCUCUUGUGUAUUUUUGUCUUUUUGGGUGCUGUUUUUCUUGGUUUCACUCUCUUUAUGAUUCAGACUUUCCAGUGAAGGGGCAAUUUAACCGCUGAACUCCGCGAGCCUGCUGGAAGAGUCACAUUCCCAGGACAGUCCCCCUCAGUCUGGUCCCCUGUGAGAGUUACUCACAACAGUCAUAAGCUAACCUGCAGGCGUGUGCCCUCUCCACUGCCAACUGCUCACAAAUCCUCAGGCCUGCCGCUUCUGUAUUUCGGUUCUGUGCGCGGUCCAGUCGGUUGAACCGCGUGCUAUAAGCCGGUCGGCCGUUCCCUCCUUUAGCCGUACCGCUGGUUCCUCACCAUGGCAACUGUAGGUUCGGAAUGUCACUGCCAGCUGCCCUUAGAGGUAUGGAUAUGCAGAAUAAAUCCGACAUAAAAUCCUUUGUGGAAAAUACCCAGCCCAUUCACCUUAGCCAAAUUUCAUACAGUACAAUGCAAUCUAGCUUCUAUCUCUUCAAGAUACUAUUUUCUACUUGCGAGGAAUAUUUUAAAAAAAUAGUUGCAAUAAUCAGAUUCAGUGAUUGUGCUAUGAGAUUCAUAUCAUUUUUUCUACUGCAAAAACGUGAACCAACAAGAGAGGACAGUUUUACAUUUUUUUCAACAUUAAUCAAUUCUUCAUGGUCUGUUGAAAAACUGGUGCUAGUCAACAUUUCUCUCAGAACUGUGCUGCUCAGCAAAAGUGGUAAUGGUCUGGGUAACUCAAUUACCGUCCAGAUGAACGAAAGGUAUGCAAAUAAUGAAGAACGAGUAGGAGUUAGGACAAUGGAAUGAGGACUUAAAGGGACAGUAGUCCUAUUCUGUUGCUUUUUUGAGAUGUUUGAGAAUGUUACAGAAAAUAACCAAUGCAUACGUUUAAAGGUAAAUGGAUAUACAAAUACUAGGUAAAUAAGCUUGCUGUUGUUUAAUUAUGAUGUGGAUAAAAGAUUGAUUAUGAUGUGGAUAUAAGACAGUAAAACUAUAGAGUGUAGAGUGAAACUAUUAGACAAUCAGUGUUUUUGGGACCAGUGGGGCAGGAGUGGCAUUUGGACCGUCUGGCAGGUAGUGAUAUCUGUCCAUGGUACACACGCAGUCACACCCAAGCCCAUAAUUUUAUCCCCCUACCACCAGGUCAUUGACAGUCUAUGAUACCGAUUUUAUUAUGUGAGAAACUGGAAAAUGCAGGUUCUUGGUGCAUCCGCAGUAUGCAGAAUCAUAUUUCAGAGAAGACAUAAAUGUGAUGCUUUCUUGUUUGCUGCAAUCUGCCUCUGUAAACAUGAACUCACAGUUGCUUUCCCUUACUUUUUCAAAGGUAGGAGGUCAUAGGAGAUUAGAGAGAGAGAGGGAGAGGGAGGGGGACAUGACUAGAGUAAAUAGGGCUGAAACUGCAGCCUUGGCUGGUGUGUUGCUGGUAGGUGCAUUAUUUUGUGGUUCUGCCAGUGUAAUGCAGUGAAAGGAGGAUCUCUGCGACUAUCGAUGUUUCUCAAACUCUUCUCACCACGAGACCAGUCCUUCCUUGACACUGUAGACAAUUUUCACUGCAGACAAGAAAACUGGACCUCUGGUUUUAAAGUGGAUGCUUUUUCUUGACGAGCUAGGUCGGUGUUUACUGUGGGAAAUGGAAGUUUGUGACCACAAUGGAAAAAAUAUUGCUCCUGUUGUGUCAAGGCACAAGCAACACGUCGUUACUAAUUUUCGCCUUCAUGUUUGACUGGGUUGUUCAUUCUCUGUUGUGUGUUUGCAGAAUUGAUUAACUGUGGCGCGAAACGAAACACGAAAGCUGAUAGGAGGGGCAGUAUCGCCCGAGAUGUCCUGGAAAUGAUUUGGCAUGCCGUGCGAAGCAUUUCAAAACAAUUUACACGGCAACACUGGUGCUGUUAAGAGCAAUUUUUUUUUUCGCUGUACGAGGCUAUUAGGUACAGUGUGUCGUCCGAACAAUCGGGAAGAAAGGCGGGGGUUUUUUUUUUGUGAGAAAGCUAUUGUAACAGGGAUGGCUCAUUUCUUUCAAUAGCAAAUACCUACCAUUAAUAACGAGAACGAGCGACACAUACAGAACUUCUCUUGCCUCUUUCCUAUUAUGAUUUAAAUAUGCAUGCGGCUGCUGUAGGUGGAGCGUCGUCUGAGUAAUGGCCGCUCGUGCUUCUCCAGUUCGGUGAUUGGCCCUGACUUCGACCGCACGUCCGCGACUCGCUCGGAGGGCGUGCGACGGUGCCUGUCUCUCACGCUUUUCGGAGAUCUCACCGCAGCUGCCGCCGGGCGACUGUCCGUCUCCCCGUUGCUCCGACCCGCAGCUUCGUUCCGAAACGGCGACGCGUGAAUGUGUCACAGUGAUAGGUGUCAGCGGGGGCCUGUAUUGAUGUGGGAAGAUGGAGUGGCUUUGGCGUGCGUCUGCGUGAUAAGCUGUACGGACGUGGCUCCCCAGAGAAGGGAGUAGCAUCGGCCCGCCCUCUGUGUCCGUCUGUCUCGGACCGGCUGAGCCCUGUUAGAAUGUCAUGGUGAAAUAUCAGCGGUUGCCCCUGCCCCGCCCCCCCCACCGCCCCACCCGCUGUAAAUGGCUUGAAGCUGGCUUGUGUGAACUGCCCCAACAGGGGGUAGGUCUAUGGUGUUGGGGGGGGGGGGGGGGGUGCAUUUGUUUUGACUGACAGUCGCACAAAGGAUGGGAAAGUCUAGAGCGCUGCAACUCUCAGCUUUCAGGGAUCAAAAAGAACGGGUGGACGACCGAGUCGUUCCGCGGAAGAAACAAAACUGCGCUGGAGAUCUCACUGUUUCACAGCCUGAAUCCCGUCGUGGCUCCUGUGGACCCAAUACAGUGAGCGCACGCUCGCCACUCUUCCUGUCCUGUCCCCUCUUUUAUGCAAGUUCAGGGCUCGCUUCACAGAAUGCUCAGCUAAUGCCGAUGCCGGACGCUGGCUGAAGCUGGUAGAGCUCCACCUAGGGUUCUCUUAGUGUAAUGACACGAAAGAGAUCCACUGAUUUAUGCAGCACCGCACACACACACGCAUAACGCGAACCGCUCAAUUCAACACCCUGCGAGAAAGACUAAUUCAGCUCUGCAGCCAUCUGGGAGCAGCUACAAGUCCACAGAUACCUUAGACUUUUCUUGCAUUAAUGGAGGGAGAAGUUUUCAAUACUGUAGACAUAGAAAACUAGAGGGGGAGCAAAAGAACCGGAACCAAGCCUUCAGUUUGGCCUGUGUGUUCCCUCUCCAAUCAAGCACAUAUAGAUAAUUUAAUACAAAGAGUUGAUACAAAAAAAAAACAACUAAAAGAAGUAUAUAGAAUUAUAAAUAUAUCUUUAGUGAGAUGUUUGUGUAUGAAAUUAAUAUAUAGUGUGAAGAAAUGUGUGCUAUAUAGGUUAAAUAUUAUACAAUGUCAAAUGAGAUCCUCAUCUGUUUGUUUUUUUAUACACAAUACGUAUGCUUUUUUGUACAGUUUUUUUAUUCUUGAAAAGGUACACCAUUUUAGCAAAUAAUUUUACUCGCAAAUGAGACAUUUUUAUUGAAUCAGCUAACAUUUUUAUAUUUAGUUGGAAAUAUAUAAUAAGUGCAUAUGUAAUAUAUAAACAGUUGUGUCUAUAGUAUAUUUUUUUUUUUUUUCGAAGUAUGGGUUGAUUUGAAGUGCUUUGUUUGUUUCAGUUGGUUUGUUCUAGAAUUUCUGUGGACUCAUUGUCAUCGAGCAAUGUGAUUUCACAGAAGUCUCCGAAAGUGCUACUUUGUGUCUUCUGCUUUUGUUGUGCCAGUGUUGUCUUUCAUUUUAAAACAAGAGGCGAGGAUAUGGCGGUGUGGUUUCGGAAAAGGGGUUUUAAAAGCACGGGGCUCAGAGUCCCUGUGUCUUUACCCAGCCUGCCUAUGCUUUAUGAGAGAGGCAAGGCCAACUGCAAUAACAAGCAAAAACUGAAGCAACACAUGUAAUAAUGGCUGUGAGGAACAGUGUAACAGAGGGCAGCGAACAGUUAAUGAGUGUUUCUGAGGCGCGGGUAUCAGGGAAAUAAUGGUCCCUGAACACUGAAUGAGGAAGCUGACCGGUGAACCCCAAAAAAAAUACUCCCCAGUGUAUUCUCAUGACCUUCCUGCGAUGUUCUUUCAACCUGAUGACAUCGCAGUGAUGUCAUGCGAACAAGCGUCUUAUGAGACCUGGAGCGUCAGAUGCACGGAGGCCCACAUCACUGUUCUGUGUGUCUGUCUCUCUCCUUUUUCUGCACUGCCAUUCCCAACCUGCACAAUGUACACUUAGCACAGAGGCCCCUGCUGCUUCCAGCAAACAACCUUAGAUUUAAAUUUUGAUUUCAAGACCUUUUCUCUGCUGUAAGUACUGGAUAAUUGUAAAAAAAAAUAAUAAUUGGCCUCUUCAAGCUUCUAAUAAUUUUUCUCCAUCGGCUUUUGUUCCUUUUCCCAUGCCCCACUUUUAUCUCUCCCACUGCUUUCGCACAAAAUGGACUCUGCUUUUAUAGUUCUUGUCCAUUACAACAGGACACAACAAUAUAGCCUCUAAAAUUCCUUCAUAAGCUGUUUGUGUGAGAUAUAGGCAGAUGUCUCAUUGUUAUUCUUGAGUGAGAGUACAACAUGUGAAACUUGAGCACUUUGGCCGAGGCUGUUUUCUGCACCGAUUGUUGUGAACCGGGUGUAGUUUGGGUCCCCCAGAUUCUGGCCAUCAGCUUUUUGACACUGUUCCACGCACUGGUCAGAAGUCCAGUUCGCAGACCAGGAGCUCCUCUAGGGGACACAGCCACAGCAAACCAUUCCUCUGGCCAAACAAUAACAGAGGUAUUGUUUUCAGCUCUACAAAAACUGAUGCGCUUUAUACUGAUGGGCAGCGUGGGCCAUUGGAGGAGGGGUGUUCCCCUUUACCGAUGAGUUCACCCCGAAUGACCCUGAGCACACGGGGGGCACAACUGAGAGCACAUUUUACACCCCUCUCCCAAUCACUCCCUGUCCAAGGGCAACUGAUGGAAUAAGCUGUCUUUGGCAGAGUUAUUAUUUCAAAUUUUUAUUUUUAAAAUGAAACAAGAAAUAUAUAUAUAUAUAUUAUAUCUAUAUAUGUAUACACAUAUUUUUCAUGACGUCUAUGGUUAAUUUGAAGGUUUCUACAUGAAUGUGUGGGUGUUCAAGCUCAUGGCAUCAAAAGAGAAAUAAAUUUGUAUAUAGACUGAAUCGUCCUAGAGAGGGAAUCUACAGUUUGAUGUCCAGAUUUUUUUUUAAACAAACCGAAAGGAAAAAAAGUCUCAAAUAAUGCAUGUAUAUUCCAAGCAAUUGCACGGUGCAGUCAAAAAAAAAGUCUACAGUAUGUUUUUUUAAAUAAAUGUAAGUUCAAAAAGAUCAAAUACUGUAGAGAGAAAUAAUCUUUUUUAAUUAUACCAUGUGUUUGUGGAUCAGGCAUGAUGAGUUUUAUUGUGGUCUGUAAUAUUAAGAAAAAGAGUGGUGGAUUCAAUAAAGAUGAGACCAAGAAGGUUUGAGACCUUUACCAUCAACCAACCGACUGUGUUUUUCUGAGUGAUGCUUCCAUUUGUAGACUAGUGAUUUUAUGAACAACAAAAAAUACAAAAAUAAAACUAUGAAAACUAACUAACUAAUCAGUGUGGAUGCCAUGAUAUUCUGUGAGAAAUGUGCUUCUUUUGUGAGAAAACUGAAGACAGAGACUGUGUCUUUUGUACAUAAUUGCUGUGUUUGUGUGACUAAUUGCGGCUCUCUUGUACAGUCAAGUCAUGGGUUCUUAAUUGUGAACAAGCACAGUGUCCAUUUGUCCAUUUCACUGCUGUGCAGACAGAUGCACGGCUCGUCCAAUCACAGUGAUGUAUCUUGGUACAUUCCAUAUCAGCACCAUGUUGCUGAAACCAUUCAUCCAGAAAUCGUAAGGGAAACUAACAAUUUCCCAUUUAGCCAUUUUCACUUCAAAGAUGACUGUAAAGACCUUAAUAAAAAUAUAUCUGUAAACAGC